AUGGAUUUAUUUGAUGCACUAUUCUAUUGGGGACGAAUAACUCGACAAGAUGCUGAAGAAAUUCCCGAACAAACAGGUUUAAAAAAUGGUUUAUAUCUUAUACGAGAAAAAUUUGAAGAAGCCGGUGCUUAUGCUAUUACAUUAUGUUAUUUAAAACGAUUUUAUCAUUAUCGUAUUGAUCGUCUUUUAAAUGAUAAUGUUGUUCUUAAUGGAUCACGUGCUUAG